AUGACAGAACAUGAACCAAGUUUUAAUUCACUUCAAGACACUUCGUUACCUCUAUCUGUCAAUGAACUUACAUCUAAACGUGUUCAACAACAACCUCCUGAUCAUUAUCGUAAACAAAAGAAACAGCUACCGUUGCAAGAAUCGAAACCACCGAAAAAUGCCGCGAAGCUUCAUCCACGCACAGUGAACACUCAUUUCGUUUGGGCUUUAGUUCUCACUAUAUUCUGCUUCUUCAUCAUUGGACCAUGCUGGGCUUUAUUUAAAUCCCGUCAAAUUCGUCUCAUGAUCAAACGAAAUGAACUAGACCGAGCCGAACGUUUAUCAGCUCGUGUCUAUACUGGUCUCGUGAUGUCAACCGUAUUUGGUGUUUUUAUAUGGGUUGCCAUUCUCUUCUGUAGCGUCGGUCUCCUAAUAGCUGGAAAAUUACUUGAUAGCAAAUUAAUUUAG